CCCCGGCCCCCUGACGUCGGCGCACGUCAGCGGCGGCGCGCGCCUGGCUGGGCCCAGCCGAGCGGGAGGGACCGAGCGGAGGAGCGAGCCGAGCGGCGUCGCCGGAGCCCAGCAGCGCCGCCGGCCCGCCAGCCCGCGCUCCAGUCCGCCGAGUCUGGCAGCGGGGCCCAGCAUGGUCAUGGCGGAUGGCCCGAAGCACUUGCAGCGCGGGCCGGUCCGGGUGGGGUUCUACGACAUCGAGGGCACGCUGGGCAAGGGUAACUUCGCCGUGGUGAAGCUGGGGCGGCACCGGAUCACCAAGACGGAGGUGGCGAUAAAAAUAAUCGAUAAAUCUCAGCUGGAUGCAGUGAACCUUGAGAAAAUCUACCGAGAAGUACAAAUAAUGAAAAUGUUAGACCACCCUCACAUCAUCAAACUUUAUCAGGUAAUGGAGACCAAAAAUAUGUUGUACCUUGUGACAGAAUAUGCCAAAAAUGGGGAAAUUUUUGACUACCUUGCUAAUCAUGGCCGGUUAAACGAGUCUGAGGCCAGGCGCAAAUUCUGGCAAAUCCUGUCCGCUGUUGACUAUUGUCAUGGCCGGAAGAUCGUGCACCGUGAUCUCAAGGCUGAAAAUCUCCUGCUGGAUAGCAACAUGAACAUCAAGCUAGCAGAUUUCGGUUUUGGAAAUUUCUUUAAAAGUGGCGAACUGCUGGCAACCUGGUGUGGCAGCCCCCCUUACGCAGCCCCGGAGGUCUUUGAAGGGCAGCAGUACGAGGGACCGCAGCUGGAUAUCUGGAGCAUGGGAGUUGUGCUUUACGUCCUUGUCUGUGGAGCUCUGCCUUUUGAUGGACCAACUCUUCCAAUUUUGAGACAGAGAGUUUUAGAAGGAAGAUUCCGGAUUCCGUAUUUCAUGUCAGAAGAUUGUGAGCACCUUAUUCGAAGGAUGCUGGUGCUGGACCCAUCCAAACGGCUAACGAUAGCUCAAAUCAAGGAGCAUAAAUGGAUGCUCGUAGAAGUUCCUGUACAGAGACCUGUUCUCUAUCCACAAGGGCAAGAAAAUGAGCCAUCCAUUGGGGAAUUUAAUGAACAGGUUCUGCGACUGAUGCACAGCCUCGGAAUAGAUCAGCAGAAAACCAUCGAGUCUUUGCAGAACAAGAGCUACAACCACUUUGCUGCCAUUUAUUACUUGUUGGUGGAGCGCCUGAAAUCACACCGGAGCAGUUUUCCCGUGGAGCAGAGACUCGACGCCCGCCAGCGGCGGCCCAGCACCGUGGCUGAACAGACCGUUGCCAAGGCCCAGACGGUGGGGCUGCCGGUGACCGUGCACUCACCCAGCGUGCGGCUGAUGCGGUCCGCCCUCCUCCCACAGGCGUCCAACGUGGAGGCCUUUUCAUUCCCAGCAUCCGGCUGCCAGGCGGAAGCAGCAUUUAUGGAAGAAGAGUGUGUCGACACGCCAAAGGUAAACGGCUGUCUGCUGGACCCCGUGCCGCCCGUGCUAGUGAGGAAGGGGUGCCAGUCGUUGCCCAGCAACAUGAUGGAGACCUCCAUCGAUGAAGGGCUGGAGACUGAGGGAGAGGCUGAGGAAGACCCCAGCCAGGCCUUUGAUGCGUUCCAGUCCACACGCAGUGGGCAGAGGCGGCACACUCUGUCAGAAGUCACCAAUCAGAUGCUCGUGGUGCCCGGUUCAGGGAAAAUUUUCUCCAUGAGUGACAACCCCUCCCUUGACAGUGUGGACUCAGAGUAUGAUAUGGGGUCUGUUCAGAGGGACCUGAACUUUCUGGAGGACAACCCUUCCCUUAAGGACAUCAUGUUAGCCAAUCCGCCCUCCCCACGCAUGACGUCUCCCUUCAUCAGCCUGAGACCUGCCAACCCAGCCAUGCAGGCUUUGAGCUCCCAGAAGCGAGAGGCCCACAACAGGUCACCAGUGAGCUUCAGAGAGGGCCGCAGGGCGUCGGAUACCUCCCUUACCCAAGGAAUUGUGGCAUUUAGACAACAUCUUCAGAAUCUGGCCAGAACCAAAGGAAUCCUAGAACUGAACAAAGUGCAGCUGCUCUACGAACAGCUCGGACCAGAGGCAGACCCGGACCUGGCACCUGCUGCCCCUCAGCUCCAGGACCUCGCCGCCAGCUGCCCCCAGGAGGAAGUUUCUCAGCAGCAGAAGACAGUCUCUGCCGUGCCCGGCAGUGUGCAUCCACAGCUUUCCCCUCGCCAGAGCCUGGAGGCGCAGUAUCUCCACAGACUCCAGAAGCCCAGCCUUCUGUCAAAAGCGCAGAACACCUGUCCGCUGUACUGUAAAGAGCCACCGCGGAGCCUCGAGCAGCAGCUGCAGGAACACAGACUCCAACAGAAGCGACUCUUUCUCCAGAAACAGUCUCAGCUACAGGCCUACUUUAAUCAGAUGCAGAUAGCAGAGAGCCCAUACCCGCCGCCCGGUCAGCAGCUGCCCCUGCCCCGCCAGGACACGUCCACGCCGUCCCCGCAGCCCCCGCCUUUCAGCCUGCCCCAGCCCCUGAGCCCCGUGCUGGAGCCCGCUUCUGAGCAAAUGCAGUACAGCCCCUUUGUCAGCCAGUUCCAGGAGCUGCAGCUGCCCCCCCUGCCCUCGGCACCCCGGCCCCGGGCUCCUCCGCUGGCCGUGCACCUGCAGCCACCCCCGCCGCCGCCGCCACCGCCGCCCCCGCCGCCCCCGCCGCAGGCCAGAGCCACCCCGGCCCCCUUACAGUUCUCCUAUCAGACUUGCGAGCUGCCGGGGGCUGCCUCCCCGGAGCCAGACUACCCCGCCGCUCCCUGCCAGUACCCCAUGGAGGGGGCGCCGCAGAGCAGCCUGGCUGCACAGGACUGUCCCCGGGACUCGGGACUGCAGGAGGCCCCCUCCAGCUACGACCCUCUAGCCCUCUCAGAGUUCCCUGGACUCUUCGAUUGUGAAAUGCUGGAGGCUGUGGACCCACAGCACAGUGGCUACGUCCUGGUAAACUAACCUCAGGACAGGAAGUGAGGCGGGUCCAGUGAAGGAAGAAUGUGUGUUUCUAUUUUUAUUCCAGCCUUUUCAAUUUAAAGCUUAUUUUCCUGCCUUCUCACAAAUGGAGAAAAAGUAAGUUGCCCACCUGGAAUCAGAGGGCCUGGCCGGGCCACGUGUCUCUUUCUCCUGGCUCUGUCCCACCACAGUCCUCUGGGGCCAGUGCGGAGCAGAGCGGUAGCCGAAGUCGUGUCCUUCUAGCAGGCAGAGCCCACUCUCACAGGAAGCACUGACAGAGGCUUUUAGGAGAAGACAUCCAGACCUAGGUUUUCUGUAGAACACCACCAACUCGUUAUCGAGGGAAACCUUGGUGGAAGCAGGAAAAACUGUGCCAUUAGAUAGGGGCAAAACCAAAACAGAACAACAUGACACCAGAUUUUUCACUGAAGCCGAGCAACACACAUUCUGUUACACAAGUCGAGAAUAUGUAAUGGGCUUUGAUGCACAGGAAGUAAAGGAAAAGCUGUGCUUUGUCAUCGAGUCCUCAGUCUGAAGCCGCUGCUUCCGGAUGUCCCCGAGACCACUGCAAAGAAGUGGAACGUGAGCUUCGUUUCUGGGGCCCGAAGUCACAGAUGGCACUGACCCCUGGGACGGGCGGUCGUCUCCACUUGGGAGCAGUGACAGUCCUCUUUCGAAGGUUCCCUGGGGUGCAAAGUGGACUCAGGCUCCAACGCGGUCACCUGAAGAACCACGAGACCCAGCACAGCGGAGGUAGGGGCGGACAACAAGGAGCCCUCGGGAGCAGCGGCCCUGGGCCAAGGGAAGACGGGCUCUUCCGGCUGAGUCUUUGGUGUAAACUGCUGGUCUGGGACGGUUGAUCUCCAGAGGACCUGGCGUCUCUUUUAAAAUGUAGUAACUACUCUGACUUUACCUUCUGUGUUGCUAGUAGUUUGUUGAGCUUUGUAUGUUUGGACAGUUUCAUAGGGCUUAGGAAUUUCAAGGACAAGAAACAUGAACUUUGAUCUCCCAUGUGAAGUGGUAGUGCUGUGCCUUUUUUCCCCCCAGAUCAUGCUUUAAUUCUUUCUUUUCUGUAGAAACCAACAGUUUUCCAUUUAUGUCAAUGCUAAAUCCAAAGUCACUUCAGAGUUUGUUUUCCACCAUGUGGGAAUCGCAUUCUUAAUUUCCUUAGAAGUUUUGACUUGUAACAAAACGUUCAAGUAUUACAGCAAUAUUUAAAACCACAAAUGUGUUAACCAUCUAGCGGAUCAGCUGUCAAAACACGUGCUAUGACUAGUGAAAACGUAACCUUAACUCUUACAGUUCUCUCACCAGAGUAAGUAAAAGUAAGUAACGCGCCAGCUAGUUAACUAUAGACCUAGAAGUAACAACCUGUCACUCGGACAGCAACAUCCCAGUGUUACAAACCCAGUGUUAUUGACAAAGACUGUCGUUUCUGUCCUGUAGAACGGCUUGUCCUAGCAGCA